AUGGUAUCCAAAACCCCGACAUUGAAGAUCGCCAUAGUGCGCAACUACGAUACGCCGGCCACAUGGGGACAACUCAUGAUCGACUCCUUUUCGAAUACUAUCAAAUCAAUUGUACCUGGUGCCGCGAUCGAGACCUUCUUCCCCAUCACGAAUGGCGUUUUCCCAGAUAUCGAUGGUUUCGACCUUAUAAUCUUAACAGGAGGAACGGUGAACCUGACUCUUCCAGAGGUAGAGCCAUGGGUGGAGAACACCUUUGACUUCAUUAGAACUGUUUCACAAUCAUCGAGCACGAAGCUUAUGGGCAUCUGCUGGGGUCAUCAGGCCAUCUGCCGUGCCUUGGGUGGAACAAUCCGUUUCAAUUCCCAGGGGGACUGCGUUGGCGUGAACAGUUUGAAAUUCACGGACAACGGGAUUGAGUUCUUCGGCAAGUCAAAGAGUGGAGAGCAAUCCAGAGAAUUUUCUCUUCACAAGUUUCACAAGCGUCAAAUUGACAAAAUCGCCCCAAACUUUAUUGAGCUCGCAGAGGAUCGUGAGGUGUUGCUGUCAAAGGACGACAAAAUCAUUUCUUUCCAAGGCCACCCCGAAAUGACCAGAGAAGUUGCCCGGGGUAUUCUAGAUGCCGAUGAUGGAGCAUAUACUGGGGAAUUGACUCAAGGACAGGUGGACGAUCUGUACGCCCUCUUUGAACUGCAAAAUGACGGAUUGAGAAUCUUUGGCCGAGUGCUCGACUGGUGCUCCGAAAAGGAGCCAACUCGGAGUACUUGA